GAGCCUGGAGCGCCGAGCCGGGAGCCGCGAGCCGAGCGCGCCGGGCUGGGGCCGGGGCCGGAGCGGAGGGAGAGGGAGCGCGCCCGCCCCAGCCCCGAGUCCCGCGCCUUUACUCCGCCGCCGCGGCGCCCCAGCCAUGGAGCCGGACAACAGCCCCCGCAAGAUUCAGUUCACCGUGCCGCUGCUGGAGCCGCACCUUGACCCCGAGGCCGCCGAGCAGAUUCGGAGACGCCGCCCCACGCCUGCCACCCUCGUGCUGACCAGUGACCAGUCAUCUCCAGAAGUGGAUGAAGACCGGAUCCCCAACCCACUUCUCAAGUCCACUCUGGCAAUGUCUCCACACCAACGGAAGAAGAUGACAAGGACCACACCCACAAUGAAAGAGCUCCAGACAAUGGUUGAACAUCACCUGGGGCAACAGAAGCAAGGAGAGGAGCCUGAGGGAGCUGCCGAGAGCACAGGGACCCAGGAGUCCUGCCCACCUGGGAUCUCAGACACAGAAGCAGAGUGCAGGCUGGGCACCCCUGGGACAGCACAGAAAUCUGCAGGAUUCACCCCUAAGACUCAGGAGAGGAGCAGUGAGGAGCCCAGCACAGAGGAACCCUCCAUCCAUAUACCUCCCCUGGACUCCCAGGGAGCCAACUCGGUCUGAGGAGGAAGCAUCCUGGCAUCGCAACUGCAGUUUGAGAAUGCAUGUACACUGGAUCAGUUUCUUACAUCUUCACUUUUGGGGAAAAUCUCUUGUUUUUAAACAGUGAUAAAUUUGGUGUUAGGUCCUUG